AUGUCGGCCCCUACAGACUCCCCACGCAAGGAAAACCCAUGGGAUUCGCUCAAUACUCCCAGCGGCUCCCUCACCUCCGUUAUCCAUCGCGAAUCCUAUCCCUCUAUCUCUCCAACUCGCUCUGAGCUUUCCCAGGCUGGCCGUACAGUUCUCGUCGCUGGCGGCUCUACUGGGAUUGGCUUUAGUAUUGCCAAAUCUUUUGGUGCUGCUGGUGCAACACGCAUCAUUUUGACGGGUCGUCGCCUGAGUGCUUUGGAUGAAGCCUUGGCAAAGAUCAAGCAGGCGUAUCCAAAAGUAGAGACUCUUGGUUUGGUCAGCGACUUUGGAGAUGAUACAGAUGUGGAGAAGCUUUGGAGUGGCCUUCAACAGGACGGCAUUUUUGUGGAUAUUUUGGUUCUGAAUGCGGCCAAGAUGUGGCUGCCAAACACCCUUCUUGGACUGGGAAGCCAGACUGUGAAGGAUGGAUUUGCAUUCAAUGUAGUCUCGCCAUUCCUUUGGAUUGAGUGGUUCUAUAAGCAACGGGAGACGCAGCCUUCAAAAAAGCUGGUGAGUGUUCAGAUCCCUUUCUUAAUCAACCUCACGUCCGUUGUUGUACACUCCCCAGACCUGGCUGGCCCUGUUCCCCUCUACUCCCUUACAAAGAGCGCUUCCACCGCAAUGAUGCAGACCAUUGCAUACGCGACACCCGCCAAGGAGAUGCAGAUCAUUAGCAUGAACCCAGGCAUGCACUACACCGAGUCUUUCCAACGGUUCGCAGAGGCGGACAGCUUCCCUUGGGACGAUAUCAAGCUUCCUGGUGACUUUGCCGUGUGGGCGGCAUCGGACGAGGCUGAGUACCUUCAUGGUCGCUUUGUGUGGGCAAACUGGGACGUUGAUGAGCUUCAAACUGGGCCUUUGCGGGAGAAGAUUGAGAAUGACCCUGGCUUCCUGAAGAUGACGGUCAAGGGCCUCUAG